GUACGCUCGUUAACGGCUUAAGGGUGUGCUGGUGCGUGUUUCAGGCAGUGUGUAAUUAAAAGUCCCGCAAGUGCCCUUUUUUGCAUGUGUACAUGGCGUGUGGAUUCUCGCCGCAAUUCUCGGGUAGUGCCGUGAACUCGACCGUACGCCCUCAGUGCCACUGACGGAAGGAAAUUUUCUCUCCCAAAAACCAGUUCGCGAUCGAAAGAGCUGUGACGGAGGGCAAGCGACGAACGCUCGACGGGGUCGAAGAGUAAAAUAAUUGCAACACCAAAACCAUGAAAUGAGUGAUUAUCAUUGUUUGACGAGCGAGCAUAUACCGGUGGACAAACAGAAGAGUACAGAAUUCCAAUAAGCAUAAGCAGAGGGCGAGGUGCACCCAUCGAUACAUUCUCAUUGCUGACACACAAACGGCACACCCUCCCGGCUGGAACGGUUCGCGACGGCGCUACAAAAUGACUUCGUCUUAUGAACGCAUCAAAUCAGAAUGCAAACAGAAGGGUGUACUAUGGGAGGACGAGGACUUCCCGGCCACACAGUCGUCCGUCUUCUACCACCAAACGCCACCGUUCACCUUCCAGUGGAAAAGACCGCACGAGAUCGUCUCGAACCCGGUGUUCGUGAAUGAUGCGUCCGCCCAGUUCGACAUAGUGCCCGGCAAGAUGGGCGAUCGGUGGUUGGUGUCGUGCCUGGGCGUACUGUACCUUUCGAAGGGCUUGUUUUACCGCGUCGUCCCGGCCGAUCAGAACUUCGACAAACCGUACUACGGCGUGUUUCGCUUUCGGCUGUGGUGGUGUGGAGAAUGGUUGGAGGUGCUGGUCGAUGAUCGAUUGCCCACAAUAAAUGGCAAGCUGGCCUUCCUGCAGGCACAGAACACCAACUCCUUCUGGCCGGGUUUGCUGGAGAAAGCGUACGCAAAAUUGCAUGGAUCGUACGAGGCACUGAAGUAUGGCACGCUGCUCGACGGUUUGGCCGACCUGACCGGAGGCAUCACCGAGUCGAUAUCGAUCAAGAUGGACAGCAACAUACUCAUACGGCCUCCGCUGCUGCACAACCUCCUGGACACGACCAGCAUCAUCACCUGCACGAUCAACAAUGGCACCAUGACACAGAUUCGCAACCAAACUGAAGCGCUGCCGAACGGGAUCCAUGUUGGCAUUAAUUACCGUCUCUGCUCGAUGGAUAAGGCCGAAACGAUCAUGGGCGACACAGUGCAGCUGGUACGGCUGCGAAACCCUUUGGCCCAAACGCUCAGCAAAUCUUCAAGCUUUAACGGAGACUGGUCGUCGUUUUCCGGCUCCUGGGAACGCGUGACGAUGAACGAGCGGAAUCGUCUGAUCGAGCAGCUCGACCAGGGCGAGUUCUGGAUGUCUUUUUUCGAUAUGACACAGACCUUCACGCAUCUCGAGUGCGUCCAUCUCGAUUCGGACACGGCUAGGGAUGAGCCCCAGCUGGCGGACAAGAGCCGGCGCUGGCUGAUGCGAUUGUACCAGGGUGCAUGGAAGCGUGGGGUGACGGCGGGCGGAUGCCGCAACAAUCCGGACUCGUUUCACAUCAAUCCACAGCUGCAGCUGUUUCUCAGCGAAAAGGAAGAUGUGAUCAUCUCAGUCAACCAACACAGUGUGCUAGAGCCGAAAGUAAUCGGAUUUACCGUGUACAAUUUAAAUAGUGUGCAAAAUAUCAACGGAUGUCUCUCGAAGAACUUCUUCAAGAAGCACAAAAGCUUAGUCAACUCCCAGUACACCAACUCGCGACAGAUUAGUCACCGAUGUUCGCUCGAUCCUGGCCGGUAUCUCAUCAUGGCGACCACCUUUGAGCCAGCUGAAGAGGCAUCGUUCAGUGUGAGAGUGCUGGGAAGUACGAUCCGGUUGGCCCUGCUCGAAACUCAGACCAUGCUGCUGCUGGAUCCUUUCCCGCUGCUCAAUUCCAACACCAAGAUAACGAUCGAUCCUUCCAAUAACAAUAACAACAACAAUGGUAUCGCCUGCAGUACGGCACAGUACGAACCAGUUUUCAUGCAGCUCGCAGACGAUCAGAGGACGUUAAAUUGCUUUGAUCUACAAGAACUGCUCGAAGCGUGCCUUCCCAAUGACUAUAUUCGAAGCUGUGCCAGUAUAGACGUCUGCCGACAGGUGGUUUGUUUGAUGGAUAAAACGAAUCGAGGCCGUAUAAAUUUCAAUGAUUUCAACAAGUUCAUGAUCAACCUGAAAACCUGGUGGGGAGUGUUCAAGAUGCACACGAAGGAGAAAUCGGGCAUACUGAAAGCGGAACGAUUGCGGGACGCACUGUUCGAUGUCGGGUUCCAGCUCAGCACGGAUAAUAUAUCCAUCCUGAUCUUACGAUACAUGCGAAGGGACGGAACGCUUCGACUGGCUGACUUCAUAUCUGCCAUCCUGCAUCUAACUAUGGCUUUCGAGUUAUUUAAAGCGAAGGAUACGAAUCAGGAUGGUAUCAUUAGCAUGGGAAUGACCGAGUGGAUUAAAUCCGUCUUUAUGUGCUAAAGCAGCGACAACCAGCACGCCAACACCAGCUGAACAUAUAUAAUAUGCAGUCAUUGGCUUGAACGACGCGAUCGACACUAUGCCGAACAGCAUUCAAAGGACGUGUACGAAGUGAUGUUUUCGCUACGGUUCAAUUACAUAGAUCAAUCCUUUAUGUAGCAUACCGCAUAAGUUCUUGUAAUACUAAGUGCAAUUAGAUCCGAAGCUCUUCCGACCUGUUAAACGAAGUCCAUUUUGUAACAUACUUUCUGUACAACAUGUUGCUUAGCUAAGAUACACUCUGAAGCCGUGGGAACCGUAAUGGUAAUUUAUAAUUUGAUGUUGAUGUUUGUACGACUGUAACCAGCAGCUGGUGGAGAGUCACCGUAUAGCACCACACGUAGCAGAUAAUUACCAUCAGAAGCAGUGUAAUGCUCAAAAUCGCGUAUAAUCGAUGUAUUAUACCAGAAUUGUAAAUAAAGUGAAUCAAUUGACCUAAACGA